GAUCUGUGAAGAUCAUAAGGAGUGUGAAUAAGGAGUACAUAGAAUACACAGUGUUGUCUUAUACCGAAUAUAAUAAAUGUUUGGAGACAGGAGUGUAGUCUGUUUCAGUCUGAUUGCAUUUACUGUUGCUCUGUAUUAGUGUACUUUUCCCAAACUGACAUCUUGUUGCCUUGCAGGCAUCAAAACAAAACUUGUAAGUGGAGUUAAAGCAGUGGGAAGCGGAUGUGCAUUGAAAAGCCCAUAGUUUGCUUCGAUUGAAACGCGUAAGAUGAAGUGUCACAUGCAUACAAAGCAACGCGGUGUCUGCGGUUCUGCGGGAUACAGUGGCACGGCGUGUGGCCAGUGCAGAUCACGGAGAGGAGGAGACUCGACUCCACACAGCAGUUUACUUUCUCACCGUGGAAACGGGGCGAGCGCGCGCCUCCACAGUUCAGCCCCUGUGCAGCGCGCGGGCUCUCGCGCACGCCAAGAGCCGCUCACUUCUCUCAGUUUCACCGUGUAAACGCCGUCGCCUGACUGGAAAGCGCUUUCUGGAAAAUUAUUCUUUUUUAUUUUGGUUUUUAUGUUCAUUUCUCGCUUGUUGUCGUGGGCUGAUACUGCGCGAGUUAUCGGUAAACCGAGAACUUGGCCAUUUCCGUGUGUACUAACGUAUUCAGAUGCGAGGAUGUGCUUUCCCACAUGAGGGUUUAGAACCGUGCCAUGGUUUUGACCCGAGGUCUCCUCAUGAAAAUGUGCAGUGCCAACAGAGGUUCUCAUGCGGAAGCUGUCCUCACACAGUCACAUGGAUGUGCUGAUAUAGCACACGAGAGCUCAGAGCAGAAGAACUUUAUCACAGACACACAGGAUUGCCAGAGACGCUGUUCUUCUAUGGGUACAUGAAUCUGAGUUCCAGCGGCCAGAUGCCUGUGAUGGAGGAAGUCGAUACCAGUGAGAGCACUGCUCAGCUAGACCCACCAUCUCUCAAGGUACAAGGAAGACAUGCAUCAAGGCUCUUCUCUGUACAGGCACCCAGGUGAUGGAAUGAACUUCAACUGGCUGUCCAAACAGAUGAGUCACUGGCUGUCUUCAGAUGAAAACUAAACACCUACCUCUUCAGCAAGCACUUGAAUUAGCACUUGUACUGUGUUUUCUUUUCAUACUCUAUACUCCACCAUGCUUUUUAGAUUGAUGGUAUUCUUAUUCCCUGACCUAGUGAGCUAGCAUGGAUAAGGUGGUCUGUUAAAUGCUCAGAAUGUAAAUGUAAAUGUUGAAAAAAAGAAAGAAACGUUGAUGGGGAGUGUAACUUAAUUUUUAAAAUAAAUGUUAUCACCUAGGCCUAUCACUAUACAGUUGAAUAAUAUCUGUUAGCCCUGCUUUUUCCUUGAAAUGGCGUAUUCUAAUUUCAGAGCCAAGGUUAAUGCUGUUAAUUGAUAAAAAAAAAUUUUAUUUGUUAAAAAAAAAUAGCUUUACAUUAUGGCCCUUGAAAAAUGCUGAUGUGGCCCAGGGAGGAUUUGUAUUUGAUACCCCUGCUUUAAGGAGUCAUUUUAAAGGCAUUAUACAUUUGAUGUUUGAAUAAUAAGUGGAGUGAAUAAAACCUUGGAAUACAUAUUUUAUGGACAUCUCCACAUGACCACGUCAGUGACAUGGUUGAUCAAAAUACUAUAGAAUUUGUUCUACACUUAAGCACACUUAUCAUCAAGGACAUUAUCAAGAAAACGGACACAAGUAUAAGGAUAAAUUAUUCGCUGAUCAUUUGUAAAUGCAAAUAAUGCCCUUUGCUCCCUAAUCAACGCAUUUGUUCUUCUUGGGUAGGCAGUUAAAUUAGGCAGUUUGGAUGCAAACAUUAACAAGAGAAGAACUGAUGAUAAAUGACCUCAUUUUAUGCCGAGAUUGUCAACAGACAGACAGUACGAUGAUUUCUGUGUAAUUAAGGUCAAGUUUUUGUUCACCUUUAAGAGUGCAGUGUCAGGUUAUUAAUCUCUAGUUUCUGUAUGAAGCUCUGAAACACAAUGGUGGGGAUGAAUUAUUACUAAUUUUUCAUUUUAUUGAUCUGUCUAUUUCUCAUCAUUUUAUAAUUUUAUCUACAGCAUGCAGUCUAGUCAAUAUUAACCCAAACUCGAUCUAUUCAUUAAUUUCUUAUUUUGCUUGAUUUUCACCAUUUUCAUGCUAAACCAGUCAGGUUAAUACCUCACAUUUCAAAUUUAAUUUAAGAAUGUACGAUUUUUAAUUUAAUCAGUAUGUAUAAGGCUGAUCAUCAGGCUGAUCAAGCUUCAGUAAUUAUAAGCAUGUCACUCAGCCAAGCCUGAACUGCACAUGCUGUAUUUGCCAUAGAGGCCAAUCUAAACAGUGAAAACUUUCAGGCUGCUCAUGUGCUGGGAAAGAAAACAAAACAAGUCUAUAAUAUCAUGCUCAGAUUAUUCUCAGUUAGACAGAACUUUCACCACAGUCCUAAUUAUCUGACAUCAUGUUACAGGUAGACUCAAUGACCCUAAAUAAAGGAUCAAGUGAAAAACCGGCAUCUGCAGCUAUAAGACUUGGUUUUGCCAAUAACAGAGUACUAUAUAUUACAGAGUACUAUAUAUACAGACAACGGCAUGGCGAAGAGAGUUGCUCUCAUCAGCUUCCUGUCGCUGGUCAUGCUUAUGAGCGUCCUGGGAAACCUACUGGUCAUGGUGGCAGUCUGCAAGGACCGGCAACUCAGGAAAAUUAAGACCAAUUACUUCAUAGUGUCGCUGGCCUUUGCUGACCUGCUGGUAUCAGUGCUAGUGAUGCCGUUUGGGGCCAUCGAGCUAAUCCAUCAGAACUGGAUCUAUGGCGAGACGUUCUGCCUGGUGCGCACCUCACUGGACGUGCUACUCACAACUGCCUCCAUCCUGCACCUGUGCUGCAUAUCUCUGGACAGGUACUAUGCCAUCUGUUGUCAGCCUCUGGUCUACAGGAACAAGAUGACACCACUGAGAGUUGCUCUUAUGAUAGGAGGAUGCUGGAUUAUCCCAACUGUUAUAUCCUUCUUACCAAUUAUGCAAGGCUGGAACAGUAUUGGAAUAAAUGAUUUGAUAGAGGCGCGGAAGUUCACUGGCAACUCCACGGUGUGCGUGUUCAUGGUGAACAAGCCAUAUGCACUCACCUGCUCUGUGGUGGCCUUCUACAUCCCACUGGGUCUGAUGGUGCUUGCCUACCAACGCAUCUAUGUAACGGCACGUGAACAUGCCCGUCAGAUCAGCAUGCUGCAGAGGGCAGGUGGCGCAGUCUCCGGCCCUGAGAGUGCUGAACACCAGCGCAACCACCGCAUGCGCACUGAGACCAAGGCGGCAAAGACUCUGUGCAUCAUUAUGGGCUGCUUUUGCCUGUGCUGGGCUCCAUUCUUCAUCACUAACGUGGUGGACCCUUUCAUAGACUACACAGUGCCCGAGCAGCUGUGGGCAGCAUGCCUGUGGCUGGGCUACAUCAACUCCAUGCUAAACCCCAUCCUCUAUGCCUUCCUCAACAAGUCCUUCCGCCGUGCCUUCCUCAUCAUCCUCUGCUGCGGCCACCAGCGAUACCGACGGCCCUCCAUCCUUGCACCUAGAACACCCUGCACAGCUACACAGAUCAACGGCUCCACACACGUGCUCAAGUACUCAGUUCUACACAAUGGAAACAACAGCGAACAAGAGAAACUGUCAGUGCAGAAUGACACAGAGUCGCAGGAAUCCUGCUUCUGACCACACUUCAUUAGGGCAGAAACUGGAAGGUGCCACCGCUCACCAUCAGCCCCCUCCCACCUGCAGUGCAAACUCACAUAGAAGAGUCCAGGAGCAAAUUACUGAGUGGUGACUGAGCUGAGUUAUAUGCUCCAAAAUCUUGUGAACAAUGUUGCCAAAGGUAUUUGAUUUAUAUUUAAGGAUGUAAUUAUUUCUAAUGUUUAAUGACCAGAUCCGUUAAUAAUUUAGGCUUGUUCCCCUGUGACUAUUUUUAAGUAACAUGCCAAAAUAUGAUUUCACAAGCAUUAUUUGUGAUGAAUAUUUAAGUAGAAUUUACAAUCAGGAGAACAUUUCUACUGCCCAGAGUUUGCAUAACAAACAUCACACUGUGUUAAAUUUUAUUGGUUUUAAUCUGAGUCUCACAUUGCUGAUGCAUUCAUACUUGUUUUUUUGUUUGUUUGUUUUUGUUUUUGUUUGUUUUUACAGUUGGCAUAAAAAAUGUUAACAAACAUAGGGACAUAAUAUUCUGCAAGUAGUUUGUACAACAGAACAUUUUGAUCCAGUUUUUGAUCACACUGACAGGCAGGUGACAACAGAUAUAACAGAAAACGUGCCUUUGGGUGAAAUUAAGAGUAGGAAAAUGAAUUCAUGUACCUGUGAUCUUUACAGCAUUUUUAAAAGAUUUCCACUUCAUAGACGUAGUCCUUAAGAGGCUCAUAAUGGAUCCAUAACUGAGGUCAUUGUUUGGUACAGGAAUGAUGGUACUUCUGAGUUUCCUUUCAUUUGCAUUCAGUUAUAGUUCAGCCAGUCCCUGUUUAAAUCAGUGUUGGUUUUUUGGUUUCACAUGUGAAAGAGUCCCACUCAAAAAUGUCAGUUUCUUUCUCCAAGCAUGAUCAUCCACGUAUGAGCGUAAAAUAAGAUGGCUAUGUUCAUUUGGACCAAGGUUCUGCUUUGCAUACCUCACCGAACAGUCAUUUGUACAGUAAUUUCUAUCCAGUACAUUGUCUGGUUUAAUCCAGGAUGCCUCUGAUAUGAGUGCAUCCUGCAUAUCCAAUCUUUAUGUUUCUGCAGAACAACACCAUAUUCAUGUGCUUGAAACAUUCAAGUUGUCUUCAUAAAAUUAAUUCUAAUCACAAAUCUGGCCAAACCCUUACUUCCAUAUGUGCCUCUUACUAAACAGUAAGAUUAAGGAUUAUAAAUACCAUGUAAAAAACAGCAAACUUUUCAGUGUCAGCUAUUCUUAGAAGAGAAAGUAUUUUCACAUGAAAGAAUUGAGACAGGUCCUUACUGGUUUCAUCCAGAAGCUCAGAAUACAAAUGGAAAACCCUUAUAACUAAGCAUUCCCCUGAUGUUUUGGUUUUAUUUCUACAUAAUAACCUCUCCUGCAUUGAAAGCACUUAUAGCACUUUUAAAAAAUACUGAUUACAGUUUUCAUAAAUAAUACAGUAUUCUGGUUGCUAAUAUUUGAUCAAAGACCAAAUUUAUAACAGAAGAAAAUUCUUUAAAUGUGACGGAUUGUUAAAGUGUUAAGUGUGGUACUGUGUUGUUUUACAGAAAAAGAGAGGGAAGCUUGUGAACAAACAGCUCCAUGUGCUCUGCAUAUGCUCUGUACAGCUAAAUGUUUUCUGAUGGGGGGGAAACCCUCGCAGUGUGUCUUCUCCUCUUGCCAACAAAGCUAAAACCAUUCACAGGUGGAUAGCAAAUGGUAUAAUUUUAUGUUUUUAGCAGGUGGUCUUUAUAUGCUGAAGGUCAGGGCUUGGCAUGUAAGUUUGUUUUGAUUUUGCUGUAAAUAGGAACGUUUUUAUGCAAGGAAUCUGCUAGUGGUCUGUGUGAACCCUCGCUGCAGUCUGAGGCAUUAUUCUUGCAGAUAACUGUAUUGUUGCAGAUUAGUGUAACAGUUAACGUCAGUGCUGGAUUGCACAGUGUCAUACGAGCAACAUCCAGCAGAGAUAUUCAUAAGAUCACGUACAUGGUCACAACCAACUUGAACUCAUACAGAUUAUUUUUGAAACACUUCAGAAAAUGCUGCCAGAACAUCAGACAGAAAUUCAUAUUGAGCUUUUCAUAAGCUUGGAACUAAACUGAAAAAUAACUUGGUUUCUAUGUUGUUUAAUGGGAAUGUAGUAAACCAUUUAAUUUGAUUUUUUUUUCAGGGCAUUUGGGUACAGAAUACAAAAUUUCCCAAGAUGUCAUAGGAAUCAGCUUAGUUUUAAAGUACGCUCUUCAGUUCGUGGUACUCAGGAUGAGUAGGUGCAACAUCAAUCUCAGAAUUACCCAGGCAGGCAUGACAGCUGUAUAUUAAAAAAUGAUUUUGGGGGAUGUUAAUUAACAACAAGCAGUCUGGAAAAUUAUUUUAAUGCUCCUGUUCCACUCUGAUACUUCAGGCUUUUUAAUGAUGUAGCACCCGUUGACCAUGAGUCACUGAGCACUCAGCAAUUUUAGUAGCAGAUGCAGUCAUGAAAAAAAAUCACUCACAUAAUUUUACUAGUGUCAGUGUGAAGAUUGCUGAUGAGGAUGCAUUUGACUCUCAGCGUGUCAGGCACAGACGUGAAGCGACACAUCGCAUCGUGUGUGGAAAGCUUUCCCACAAUGGCUGCCAAAUACCUAUUGCAAGUCAGCAAUGCAGUUUUACUGAAUUGUGCUUCGUAGUUCUCCAGCUCUCUGAUCUUGUUAACGGUGAUGUAUUACAGCGAUGUUAGAGUGUGACAUAAAAGCUGGAGUAGGCAUGAGGAAUGAACAAGGAUAAAUCUCCAAUGUAUCCUUGCCCUAAAAACCCAUUCUCUGUAUUGCUAUAUCAGUCCUCUCUCUUACACACACACACACACAUAUAUACAGAGUAACACACGAACACCACUGUGUAUGAAACCCUGAAGGCAGAAGUUCUAAACAUGAAUGUGUUGUAAAUCUCUCCAUAAGUUGUACAAGAACUUUUGUAAACUCAGUAUUUAUUUUGGUGGAUAUAAAGAUUGAUAUUUUUCAUGUAAGGCUUCUCUUUCAGGGAGCUAUGUGGAUUACUUUUUCUGUUGCUAUGUGACAGCUCUAAUACAUGAUGAUAAUUAAAGAUGAUGAGAUAUAAUGUAAAAUGUGUCUCGGCUGCUUCGUUUUAUACUCACCUUCAUAUUAUUUACUGUCAUUACACUCAAUCAUGUAGCUCUCAGCAAUGAGAAGACAUUUUAUAUACAGAUGUAUUCAUGGAAAGUUCAGGUCAGCUGAUCACUGCAGCAGUGAUCUUUCACAGAAUUUUGGCAAAAAAAAAUUUUAGAUUUGGAGGAUGCAGGAUGGCAGGGUGGUGAGUGCAGGAAGAGCAGAAGACUUCUCCAUAUGGCUCCAUUUUGUGUUUGCAGACACUGACGGACGUGGACACAACUUGCUUCCUAAACAUGUGCUUGUCAGACUAAAUACAAAGCCACAAUCGAGAUGGAGUCAAAACAACAUGCAGCUGAAAAAGCAGGAAGUUUUAUCAUUAUUCUUUUUUGUUAUUUAUCCUCAUUAUUAUGGUUUUCCUCACCCAUUCCUCUUCCCGAUCACUCUCAAGUCACCAGUCUUUCACUCCUUUCUUCACUCCUGAUGUAGUCUACUGUUAGGCUGCUAGACUACGCAGAUGUGUCACAUAUAAAUUCGUAAGUGACCCUACUUGUGCUUAGCUCAGUCUGUUAAGUUUCAGUCAUCAACUUUCUGUGCUUGUGGAUACAAGUAGAUGAGACCAGUGGGGUCUGUGAUUUUCUAAUUUAGUUAUAA